AUGGAAGCGUAUUCGUCUGGAGAUGGUGAAAUCAAAAAAGAUAUCUUGUUGAAUAUUGCAGCCAAAUGUGGGCCGGAUCGAUUGGCUCUCAAUAACGCAAUUUCGAUUUACAGCAAGAAUCCAAGCUUAGCGCACGAAGUUCGAGAGGCGGCUACCCCCGUGCAUUUUAGACUUCUUCAGUCUAUCGGCAACUUGCCUGAUGGAAUACGACAAAUUUGUGACAUGAGAGCCCACUUGUUGCUGUUGAUGAAAACGGAGACAGAUAAAUCGUUGUUGCAUCGUCUCGAGAAGUCUGCCCACGAGCUGCUUGUUUUGUGGUUCUGUCAGGGUAAUAUGAAGCUGGAAAGAUUGACAUGGCAGUCUCCAGGAGAUAUUCUUCACAAGGUACAUAUGAAUUUCCUGCAAGUUCUAGCUCUAAUUGCCCACUUACGAGAUUGGUGCAACUUGCAAUUAGAAAGGAGCUCUUGGAUGAGGUCAAAUCUGUGA